UACGAGCCUCCAUCGUCUUCCACUUAAAAAUGAGAUGGUAGUAUAACUCGAUGAUAUGGCAGGAGAAACUUUUGUUUCGAGUAGUACGACUCAAUGAUGAAAGAGAGACAAAACAUUCUUUUAUUUUUAAGUAGAAUUUGCAGUAGCAAAUGAGGAAACGUUUUAUUUUUAGAUAGUGUAUUUCAGCAAUGAGUUGAAUUAAUCUUUUUAUUUGCAAACAAUGAUAUUCAGUGGCAAAUAAUGCUUUAUCCUUCAAAUUAUAGUACGACUCGUAAAAACAUAGUAAAUGAAAUUUUAAUUAUAAGUAGAGCGUACUAAUAACUCUUAAUAUAAAAAUUUGUUGUUAACAACAACAUUUAAAUACUUCUUUCUUUGGAUUUCAAUUUUAAGGUUAACUCCUUUUUGAUACAAGCAUGAACUUUUGUAUAUAUGCAGAAAGUGGUCAGCGAAAAAGAUUUGAGCAUCCCAGACUUCAGAUCUACAAGCUCAUUCUUUUUCCUUCGCUCAUUCGAUUACUCGACAGCUGCCACAAAUCUAACAAAAAAGGAACAGUGUGCUUUUCCCUGCCCAAGCAUGUGUUCAUCGAAACAUCGUGGCCUCGAGUAUUCGACUUGAAUAUCAAUGUACAACUGACAUUGGAGCUUCUCGAGGGUCAUCGCUGAGAAUUCGUCGUCCGGAUACGGCCCCCACGAACCAGACGAACCGGCUUCACGUAUGAUGGCCCCGUCCGUUCAUCCAUUGCUCGCUUGCGUUUCCCUUAUUUGUAUUCCACGGGGGAGGAUCGCGCGUUAGGGCCGCGCGAUGGAGAAAUCAUUAAAGUAACCGCGUGCACCGAUAAGGCAAGGCUCACCUUGACCGGGCGCGCUCGAGGAGCGUCCUAUAAAAGAAACGGACGCGCCUCGCAUCCCGCACAAAUCGCAUCGCACCGGUACGAUGGCCCGCAUGAUCGUCAUCACGCUCCUCACGGUCCUGGCACUCCUGCUGCCGGUCCGCGCGAUCGACCUGUCCAACAACAAGAAUAUCCAACUCGAAUUUGCCGACGAGGACGUCGUGCCGAAAACCGCACUGAAAAGCCUGGCGCCUGAAGUGUACAGUAAUGGAUUCAUCGGAAAUCUCGAGCUCGGCAGACGAUACUCCGACGAGACGAUUUUCCGCCGCGUAGUCGAGUUCAACAAUCCAUCGAACACCAUCGCCUCAAGUACUCUGACGAUGUCUGUUACUAAUGGGAUCAUCCAUUACGUCAGCGUGGUGAAUGACAACGGCAGCUACGCGGUGACAUGCGGUGAAUCAAACAGCCUAGGAUCGUCCAGGAGCAAUAUCAACAUCCGCGCCUCUCCCAACACGAAAUCCUACCUCACGAUAGUCGUAGCGGCGCAUUAAACACUGCCCAAGUACUAUCUUUUGUUUAAUAAUGAUUUUCUUUUAAUGCAAAAUGCAUGUAAUUGAAAAGCUUUCUUAUCUUAGGAGAAAAGUAGCGCUCAUUAUAGCUGGUGCAUUCAUGAUAGAAAAGUAAGGAGAAUUGUAAUUUUACUUUUGCUUGUCGCAGAGCUUUAGGUUUCACAGCUGUGAUAACAAUUUCCCUCCUGCUAUAAUACGAAAAUAGAAAGCCAAUCGAUAGGUCAGUUACAUAUCAAGGCUUACAUCUUAUCAAUCUUUAACAGACAUAUCUCUAUCGCAAUCCAUCAGAAAAAAUUGUUUUUCAUCCGUAUCGAUUAUUAUAACACAACUACUUUUACUGCUAAAAUUCUUUUACCAAUGUAAAAAUAAAAGCUGGCUCAUCAUUG